AUGGCAUCUCAAGAUGCUCUGCGAGAUGCUCUGCAGGCGUUCAACGAUGCAUCGGGCAUCCAGACGUGUGUCCCAGCAACGGCAACCGAGGUCUUCAAGAUCACCGAAGAGGCCAACACCAAGCUCCAGGGUUCAUCUCCCAACCCAGUCAAGUUCUCCAAAAAGCUAUAUUCUUGCCUGGAGUCAAUCAGCCGCUUCACUUCCAUUUGCGAUAAUUUUAUCCAGUCCGACCCGACAAUUACUUCUCUGAUUUGGGGGUGUCUGAAAUUCCUGCUGCAAGGCGCCAUACAGUUCACGAACUACCUGGAAAAGCUUGGAGAUAUGUUCCAGGAGUUUGGCCCAUUCUUCCCAGUAGUUUCUGGUUAUGAAUCUGUUUUUGAAACCUCAGAUAUCGUGCGCGGCGCAGUCAUAUUCCUCUAUGCGGACAUCGUCCGGUUCUGCGCUCGAGCAGUAGAGGUUUUGAAGAAUAAUCCUCGAACACUUAUCCUCAGUACGCUUUUCAAGCCCUUUGAGCGUGACUACUUACAGAUCCUAAGUAGCUAUCGCGCCCAUCGCGAUGAGCUCCUGGCAGCCGCCUUUCUGGCCGUGCAGCAAAAUGCAAAACAGGAGAGAUCGCUUGCCGAUGCUGCCAGAGUCGCCGCAGAAAAGGACCGACAGGCAGCUCGGAAGGAGCGCAAAGCAGCAGAGAAGGAGCGCGAGAAGGCGGAGAGAGCCAAGGAGGAACUACGAAUAGAAAUAGAACGACACGAAAAGGAAAGACUCGAAGCGUCAAGUGAGCGAGUCGCUGCCAACGAAGCGACGGACAGCGAGGACAAGCUCCGCUCGAGAAAGCGUCCCCGUUAUGAUGGGUUCGCAUCAUUACAAUCAAGCCAAUCCAACUCCAGCAUGACGGAUCCUGCUCCUGAAUGUUCGGUCUCCCCGAUAGGGAUCGCACAACGCGAAGUCCCCCCUCUGCAUUUACCAAGGGACUUUUCCACUCCACUUUCAUCCUCAGGGAGAGCUCCCAUUCCAGUCCCUUCUUCCUUGGAAACAAUCUCCGACGUAGUACCCUCUCCCAACGAACCUCUCCAAAUCCCCAGGGCCUCACCAGAAGCAGAAAAGACCAGACGGAAUGAAAUCCUCCGAGCUUGGAACUUUCUAAACAACACUCGCUCUAAGCAGGGAGUGUUUUAUCACCUGGGACCUCCCCCAUCGUGGCCAGUAGAGUCUGGCGGCGGAUUACAAGAAUCGAGCUCGAAUAUGAAAGAUCCGGUACUGGAAAAAUACACCGAUCAGGACAUGAAAACAGACAAUCACGCAUCCACAACCAUCCACAAUGGAAACGGACAUACCUCCCAGGAAACAGGAACUCAAAACAACCCAUCUAGCACCAUGGAGUUUGAUAAUGAUGCUACCGACGCUGGUAUCUUCGGUGAAAGCCAGAACAGCGAUACUCUUUCCGUAGCCUCGUCGGAAUUUGCUUCCCAGGAGCAGGGCAUAGAGGGUACCACAGGGCCGGCAUCAUCCGGACCAGACAACAAUGGAAACACCGCGUGUCCACAGGGACAGGACCCUGUCGCUCACCCCUCACUAAAUCAGUCCAGUUCAUCGCGGAACCGGAAAGCGGCGUAUAUCGCAGCUCGGGCAGAUAGCUAUGACGCGUGGGCGUCGAUGUCGCUGGUAUCAGCUGGAAAUAAUCAUACCGAGGAAGAGAUUGAGCUUUAA